AUGAUAACACAGGUCAACAAGGGAGGGGGAGAGUCUGUGGACCUUGUAAGAGCAAGGAAAGGACCAACCCUGCUGCCCAGACUGGGACCCAGCUGGUCUCCUUACAGCUCAUCUCUGCCCUGCUGCCCAGACUGGGACCCAGCUGGUCCCCCUACAGCUCAUCUCUGCCCUGCUUCCCAGACUGGGACCCAGCUGGUCCCCCUACAGCUCAUCUCUGCCCUGAAGCUCCAGACUGGGACCCAGCUGGUCCCCUACAGCUCAUCUCUGCCCUGGGACCCAGCUGGUCCCCCUACAGCUCAUCUCUGCCCUGCUUCCCAGACUGGGACCCAGCUGCUCCCCCUACAGCUCAUCUCUGCCCUGAAGCUCCAGACUGGGACCCAGCUGGUCCCCUACAGCUCAUCUCUGCCCUGCUGCCCAGACUGGGACCCAGCUGGUCCUCCUACAGCUCAUCUCUGCCCUGCUGCCCAGACUGGGACCCAGUUGGUCUCCCUACAGCUCAUCUCUGCCCUGAAGCUCCAGACAUUCACAGAGGAGAUGAGAUGGGCCAUGGACACGGAGCUGCAUGACCCAUCAGUGUGUGUGCAGCAGCAGACAGCUUUGUCCCUAAACACCUUCAUCAGGAGGAAGACUACUCAACUAGACACCAAAAUACUGGAGGAUAAACUACACACACACACACCUCUGUAACAGGGUACAACACACACACACCUCUGUAACAGGGUACAACACACACACACACCUCUGUAACAGGGUACAACACACACACACACCUCUGUAACAGGGUACAACACACACACACACCUCUGUAACAGGGUACAACACAUACAUCUCUGUAACAGGGUACAACACACACAUCUCUGUAACAGGGUACAACACACACACCUCUGUAACAGGGUACAACACACACAUACCUCUGUAACAGGGUAUGACACACACAUACCUCUGUAACAGGGUACGACACACACAUACCUCUGUAACAGGGUACAACACACACACACCUCCGCAACAGGGUACAACACAACACACACCUCCGCAACAGGGUGAAACAGGGUAAAACACACCUCUACAACAGGGUACAACACACACAGUACUUUAGACUGCUCACUAUCUGUGUUCUUUGCUGUUUAGGUCCUGUAGCUGCUGCCAUGUUAUUAUAGUCACUUUCUGUCCUUCUGUUCCUGUACACUUAAAAGGCCCUCUGAAUGGCAGACAGUCCCAAGAACAACAAGUCUUAUGAGAACAGAAUAUUAAUCGGUGUUGUAGGACGCAGUGGGAGAAUCUCAAUUGCAUACUCCUCUCGCCGCCUCCUCUAACCCCAUUGGAGGAGGUCAGAGAGGUGGUACCUGUAGCUUUCUCAUCCAAUGGGUUUUGAGGAGACAGGGAAAGAGGACACCAGGAGAAUGCAAAUGAGGUUUUCCCAGUAUGUUUGUUGGGUGAGUUGCUGAGGAGCCUCCCCAAGCCCUUUGACUCCCCCAGCAGGAUCUGGGAACAACUGUAGCCCAGAGGAAGACAUAGCAACUUGGGGUUACCUUGGAGACAGAACAGGAAUCUGGAUGUACUCUGCCAACGCAAUGUCAAUGAAGGGUUACCUUGAAGGCCCAGAAUGUUAACCUGACAGCAGUACAAGAACUGAGCUAAAGGUGCCUUCGUACUGGCACUAUCACCGUGUGGACAUAUCUGAAAUAUUUCCUACGUACUGCACUACUUCUGAUCAGAGCCUUGUGUGACCCAGCCUGUGAUUUUCACUGAGUGUCAUUGAUCAUGUGUAUUAUAAUGAGAUUCAUCUUAUAAAAGAAAAUACAAUUCCAA